AUGUUUAAGUAUUUUAACAAGGAAAAAGAAAAAAAGAAAUCUUUAGUUAUACAAAAAAUAAUGUCAGUUGAAGAAUUCUUUAAUCGAGGAGAGUACGAAAUUUCAAGUGAUAUUUGGAAAAUGAAUUCUACAUAAUUGGAAGAGACAAUAAAUAAGUAAGAGAAAUUUAUUAAACAUUUAUAAACUUUAUAUUCAUAAGUAUGAAUUUAAAGGUAUUUUAGUAAUUAGAAUUCAUAGAAAACGAUAGAAUAAAAUAAGAUGAUAAUAUGAGGAAAUUAAAAAACCACUUAGAAGAACUUGAAAUAAAAAAUGGUAUUGUAUAACAUUUUAAUUAGAAAGUAAUGUUUAAUAGAAAGAAUUGAUAGAAUAGUAAUAUAAAGAAAUUUAUUUAAAGUUUUAACCAAAAGAACAUAAGGAUUUUUAGAUAUAAACAGAAGGAAACAAUUAGCAUGAAGAAGAAUUAAAUAGACUUAGAAAUUAGUGUGAAAAAAUGUGUGAUGAAAUUUAAAGAUUACAGGAAGAGAAUGAUGAUGUAUCAGUAGCACUUGAAACAGAAAAGAAACAUAAGAGUUCUCUUUAAAACUAGAAUAAUUAAAAAAUAUAAUAAUUGGAAUAGCAAAUACAUUAAUUGUAACUAGAACACAAUAAAGAACUUGAAAUAUUGCAAAUUACCUUAACAAAUAAUUUCUAAGUUGAUGUAAAUUCAAAAACCAAAGAAUUAGAAAGUAAGGUGUUGUAAGAAAAGAUAAAAUGUGAUUAAAAAUAUAAAGAUUGCUAAAGAUUAGAAGAUGAAAUAAGAGAAUUAAAAUUGCAUUUAGAAUAAUAGACUACAAAAUAUGAAUAAAGAGAAGGUAAAUUAUAAUUGUUAGAAUAAAAAAGAACAAGAGAUAAAAAUACAAUCUUAAAAUUACAGUCUGAUUUGUAAUCAAGUAAAUAACAUUUAUAAGAAUAAAAUAUUAAGUUAAUAAAUGAAAUUAGUAAAGCUAAUAAUGAAUUAUAAGAUUUAAAAUUAAAAUUAGAAGUAUUAGAAUAAUAAUAAAAUAUAAAAGAGUAGGUUGUUGAUUAAUUCGAGAUUUAAGAAAAGUAACUCAGAAUUUAGUAAUUGGAAUUAACAAUUUACGAGUAGCAAAAUGUAAUAAACAUGUUAGAAAAGUAAAAGUUUAAUAAUAAUUAGAAAAAUUGAUUAGGUAGAAUCAUAAUCAAUUAUAAAGAUAUCAGAAUUAGAAAAGAUAAUAGAAUAGUUGAAUAUAAAAAGAGAAAAUGCAAAAAAAGAAAUUUCAGAAUUAUCUCUAAGAUUGUAAAAUGUACAUUCUGAUCUAAACUCAAGCACAUCUAGUAAGCAUCAAGCAAAAUCUUCAAAUAUUGGACAUAGUAAAUAAAAGUUUUUAUUAUUUCCAACACUUAAAUAAAUGCUUAAUGAUGUAAGAAAAAAAGAAGAUAGCAGUUAUAAAUUAUAUAUGCAAGCUAUUGUAACUGAAUUUAAGAAUCAGAAGGAAAUUAUAGCAUUGGAAAGUGCAUUAAAUGAUGUUUCAAGAAUGACUUAGGAUAUAUUAGAUCUUCUUGAAGAAAUGGGAUUAAUUUGA